AUGAAUUCCACUACCGCGGCAAUGCCUAAAGUUGCGGCUAUCCCCGCUCGUCUGUUGCGGACUUCACGCCAAUGCUCAAACCAGACUCCAGCGAACAAAGUCCGAUCAUCGACUCAUAUUCGAACCCACCAUGUCUCGACAAUCGCUUCCUCCGGCAAGCGUUCGCGUGAUGGCGUCUAUUCUAGGAAAUUCCCCUCAAUCGUCUCGGCAAGGAGCUUUCACGCGACUGCAACUCUUGCCGCUGUUCCCGAUCCUUACAAGGUUUUAGGAGUGGAUAGGAAUGCUUCAGCAGGAGAUAUCAAGAAGGCUUACUAUGGAAUGGCAAAAAAAUAUCAUCCGGAUACCAACAAAGACCCGAACGCCAAGGAAAAGUUUGCGGAGGCUCAGUCGGCUUAUGAGCUACUAUCCGACGCCAAAAAGAGAGAGACUUACGACCGGUUCGGUUCCGCCGCAUUCGAUCAAAACGGCGGCUUCGACCCCAACGCGGCAGCUGGUGGUAACCCGUUCGCCGGUGCUGGCGGGUUUCACGGUUUUGGUGGGGGCUUCCCCGGCGGUUUCGCUGCAGAUAUCAAUUUCGAGGAUCUAUUCGGUGCUUUUACGGGCGGCGCACGUCGCGCCGGCCGGGGCAGACGCGGCCCUUUCCAGGAGGUUUUGGUAGGCGAGGACAUCGAGGUUCAGACCAAUAUCUCUUUCAUGGAGGCUGCCAAAGGUACAUCAAAAGAUGUCGUCAUCACGCCCUUAACUCAAUGCGGUACUUGUAAAGGAGAGGGCCUGAAAGAGGGUGCCAAGCGAUCGCAAUGUCGCCAGUGCAACGGCUCUGGCACGCGUGUGCACUUCAUGCAGGGUGGCUUCCAGGUGGCAGCCACUUGUGAUGCUUGUGGAGGAGCAGGCAUGACCGUUCCGCGGGGUUCUGAAUGCGGUACUUGCAGAGGCAACGGGGUCGUUCGGGACAAGAAAACUAUCACGGUUGACAUCCCAGGCGGUGUUGAGGACGGCAUGCGGUUGAGGGUGGCAGGCGAAGGAGACGCACCUCCUACAGGAACGCAAGCCACCCCGGGUACCCGCACCCAACGAGGCGAUCUCUACGUUUCUAUUCGGGUCGCACCUGACCAUCGCUUCAGUCGCUCCGGUUCCGACAUCCUCUACACUGCUUCCAUUCCACUCACCACUGCUCUCCUCGGCGGUGAAGUGACGAUCCCAACGUUGGAUGGCGAAGUCAAAGUGAAGGUAGCCACCGGAACUGGCACUGGCGAUCGGAUUACGCUCUCCGGGAUGGGCAUGAAGAAGCUGGGAGGUCGGUCCAAAGGGUACACGCCAACAGGUGACCUGAAGGUUGAGUUCAAGGUUGCCAUGCCGAAGUACUUGACGGCCAAUCAGCGAACGAUCCUGGAAGUCCUCGCGGAUGAGAUGAACGACAAGACUGCUCGACGGAUGAUGAACAUCGGGAAAGACAGCGCUCCAUCAGAGGCAGGCGCCCCCAACGAGGCCCAGAAGAAUGAAGGCUUCCUCAAGUCCGCCUGGCACAAGCUCAUGAAUCACACGAAGAACGACAACGGUGGCAACUCCGCUAGCAACCCAAGCAAGAAAGAGUCGGGCGACGCCAAAAAGGGCGACAAGGAAAGCAAAUAA